AUGGAUAGUCUCAUUGAUGAGAACACAAAAUGGUUGCAGGUGAACAAAACAACAGCUCUAUUCAAUCCAAAGGUAGUAGCCGACAUAAUGAAGAUCAUUUUAUGUCCUAGUGAGCAACUUGAUAAACAGACAUGGUUGUAUGAAGAAGAUGGAAAGUUCAAUGUGCGCAGUGUGUACAGAAUGAUCAAAGAAAAGUUCUACAAAUUCCAAAGAGAAUGUUAUGAUGCUAACAGACAGCAAGCUUUAUGGAAGAGCAUAUGGAGGAUGAAGGGUCUUCCUACUCAAUACAACUUAAGCAAGAAGAAAAUACCUACUGAGGGGUUUUGCUAUUUUUGCAAAGAAAGAUUAGAGGAUCUGCCUCAUGCCCUCUUGUAUUGUUCUACAAUUAAGGAGAUAUCUGCCUAUGAUGGGAAUAUGGAGCCACAACUGUCUAUUAUGGAUGUUGCAAUGAAAGUGAAAGCAAGUGGUUUUGCCUACUUCAAAGACAGAGGAAUAUUUCAAAUGGAAGCCUCCUCCUCUAGGUCUUCUAAAGUUAAAUAUAGAUGGGGGUGGGGGGUUUCAAACUCAAGUUUUCCAAUUGGUGUUAUACUUAGAGAUGAGCAUGGUGAUGUUAUUAUGGCUGCUAGUAUUCUUGAACCUAAUGGAGCUAAUCCUGAAUCAGUUGAACUACUUGCUAUCUUCCAUGGCCUUCAACUUUGUGCUACUAUGGGCAUAAGCAAGCUAAUAGUUGAAUGUGAUUGUCUUUUGAUGGAGAAGGAGAUGCAAACAAAAGCUGAAUAUGAGGUUUUAUAUGGGAAUCUUCUGUAG